AUGCAGAACCGCCCUUCCGCCCAUGCAGCAACGCUCAUGCAGCAGGGACCCGACACGCAACAAACUACUCGAACGACUCUCGACAUAUGUUUCACUCCUCCCCGGAGUAUCCUCGGGAUGAGACGUGUAGCCCCGCAGUUCUCGAUCCCGCCACCGCCAAAGUCAGAGGUGAUGCUGGGAGGAAACCUGACCCUGAAGUGCGUUGCCUUCGGAUCACCCAUGCCCACUGUUAAAUGGAGAAAAGGUUUGACGAAAUGGUUGACGCCGGAGGAUAACCCGCCACUUGGUCUGAACACCCUCAAGUUGGAAGACAUCAGGGAAUCUGCGAACUACACGUGUGAGGCUGCUAGUGUACUUGGUGUUAUUGAAGCUGUGGCUGAGGUCAAGGUGCAAUCGCUACCCGGGCCUCCGACAGAAGUGCGUCCCUCCGAGAUCACAGCUACGACAGUCCGGCUCACGUGGACCUACAGCGGGCCGGAGGAACCACAGUACUACGUCAUUCAAUAUAAACCGAAAUACGCUAACCAGGCAUUCAGCGAGAUCUCAGGGGUCAUCACUCAGUAUUACUCAGUAACGAAUCUGUCGCCAUACACGGAAUAUGAAAUGUACGUGAUUGCCGUCAACAACAUCGGUAGAGGUCCACCUUCAGCGCCGGCCGUCAUCACCACCGGAGAAACUGAAAGAGGCAAUCAAAAAAGAAAACAAAUGGUUCCUAUAAUGGUCACUGAGUGUAAUGUUACACAAGAAAGUCAGAACUCUUCUGAUAAAAUGAACACCAUCAAUAACAUGUUCUAUCGGGCCCCUCCCCUAAAGAUCAUCAUCUCUUCUACAGUUACUUAUGAUGAACGAGAUUUAUAA